AUGCCAAUUCGAACAGUCCCGGUUCCCACUGCGGACGCCCUGAAGACUGCAGAGCCAGACACCAAAAUACAGCACGUCGAGCAUGUCAAUGCGCCUGCCAACGUCGAGCACCAUGAGCACCUCCCGAAGGGCAUCUCCGAGACAGUCGAGGAGAAGAAAACCCGCUGGUUUAUUGGCAGUAUAGACUGUGGAACAACCUCUUCCAGAUUUCUCAUUUUUGAUGGCGAAGGAACCCCAAUUGCCAGCCAUCAGAUUGAGUUUGAGAACAUCUACCCCGAAUCUGGAUGGCACGAACACGACCCACAGGAGCUAGUCAACUCUGUCGAGGAAUGUAUUGAGGAAGCAACUGCACGGUUCCUGGAAAAGGGCUACAAGAAGGACACUAUCAAGGCAAUCGGGAUCACAAACCAGCGAGAAACGACAAUCUGCUGGGAUACCAACACUGGCGAACCCCUCUAUAAUGCCAUCGUUUGGCCCGAUACUCGAACCACCUCUCUUGUCCGUGAGCUCAAGAAUCGGAAAGGCGCGAACGAACUACUGGAACUGUGUGGAUUGCCUUUGUCAACAUAUCCAUCUAGUGUCAAGCUUCUCUGGCUCUACAGUAAUGUGGAAGUUGUCAAGAAGGCAUAUGAUGAGGGCAGGCUAUCUUUUGGAACUGUUGAUACAUGGUUGAUUUACAAGCUCAAUGGUGGAAAGGAGGCCGGCAUCCAUGUCACAGAUACCACCAACGCCUCCCGCACGAUGUUCAUGAAUAUACACACUCUACAGUACGACGACAAGCUCCUGGAUUUCUUCAGGCUGGACCGGAAAAACAUCACUCUACCAAAGAUUGUGCCAUCUUCUGACAAAAAAGCAUUUGGAGCUCUGACAAAUGGUGCACUCAAGGGCGUCAAAAUCACAGGUUGUCUUGGAGAUCAGUCAGCGGCUUUAGUUGGCCAGUGUGGCUUUUCUCCUGGACAAGCCAAGAACACAUACGGAACAGGCUGUUUCCUUCUGUAUAACGUCGGCGAAAAGCCUGUUAUCUCCAAAUAUGGACUUCUGGCCACGGUUGCAUAUGACUUUGGCCAGGGGCGGAAACCAAUCUAUGCUCUGGAGGGUAGUAUUGCUGUUGCUGGGUCUGGCGUGAAGUUCUUGAUGAACAAUAUGGGUUUCAUUAAGCACUCGAGCAAGAUCACCGAACUUGCUGAGACAGUGAAGGACAACGGUGGUGUUGUCUUCGUCACAGCUUUCAGUGGUCUGUUUGCUCCGUACUGGAUUGAUGACGCGAAGGGAACAUUGUUUGGUAUUACAGCACACACUCAACGAGGGCACAUUGCCCGUGCGACAUUGGAGGCAACGUGCUAUCAAACCAAAGCUAUCUUGGAUGCCAUGGAGAAAGACUCGGGUCACAAGCUAGAAGGCCUUGCGGUUGAUGGCGGCAUGUCAAACUCCAACCUUUGCAUGCAGACCCAAGCAGACAUCAUUGGAAUUCCUGUUGACAGACCAGUAAUGAGGGAGACGACAGCUCUCGGAGCUGCUAUCGCGGCAGGAUUUGCUGUUGAUAUCUGGAGAGAGUUUGAUGAGCUGAAGGAGAUCAACAAGGAGGACAGAACCAUCUUCAAACCCCAGAUUGACAAGGCGAAGAGUGAUAAGAUGUUCAAGAAGUGGGAGCAAGCCGUGGAGAUGAGCAAAGGGUGGGUUCUUCAAAACAGCGACGACGAGUAA